AUGACGACAGUAGCAUUACCCAGACGACCAGACCAUGGCUCUAUGGGCAAGGCUAUUAUGUUACGGGCGAAUUUCUUUCCAAUAUUGAGCAUUCCUGGCAUGAAUUUACAUCAUUACGAAGUUUCUAUACUUCCUGAAGCCAAUACUCGAAUCAAUCGACGACUGUUUAUCUGGGAAGAACUCAAUCGAGCCGGAAUUUUACAUAAUGCCUUCCCGGUCUUUGAUGGACGACGCAAUCUAUUCACUCCAAGAGCUCUUCCUCUGGUAGAUGGAACUGCUACCUUCAGUGUGGAUCUUCCGGACGACGACGAUGAUGGUCCACCUGGCAAACACGGACUCAAACUUAGUCAGAAUUUUGCUUCACCUCCACCAACGAAACCACGUCCAGCUCGCAAGUUUCAGAUAACACUCAAAAAGCUCUCUGAUAUCAACAUGACCAGGCUUCAAAGCUUCCUCAAUGGUGAAUUACAGGAAACACCAAUAGAGUGCCUACUCGCACUAGAUGUCAUAGUACGACACGGCCCAUCCAUCACAUACACAACAGUAGGCCGCUCUUUCUUCACUCCAGAAGGCAAACAGUUCAUAGCCAAUGGCGCUGAACUCUGGCAAGGAUUCCAUCAAUCCAUACGCCCAUCUCGCGGUCGUCUUUGGCUAAACCUCGAUGUGUCUGCAACAGCCUUUUAUCAACCAGGGCCCGUAGUCGAUAUGGUUGCCAAAAUCCUAGGUCGCAACUCGGCAGACGAUAUUAGGCAGGCCAUGAGUGAUAAGGAUCGUGGCAAAAUUGAAAAGGUGUUGAAAAAUGUUAAAGUUAUGACUACGCAUCGUGGUAAUGCGAGACGACGAUGGAGGGUAUCUAGAAUUACUCCUACGUCUGCGUCAAAGACCGUGUUUCCUAUGAGAGAUGAAGGGAGACAGAUGUCUGUAGCGGAGUAUUUUCAGGAACGGUAUCAUAUUCCAUUGCAUUAUGCGCACUUUCCGUGUUUGGUUGUAGGCGAUCCAAACAAACAUAUAUAUUUGCCUAUGGAGGUGUGUCAGAUCAUACCGGGGCAGAGGAUAUCACGGAAGCUGAAUGAGAAGCAAACUGCCGAUAUGAUUCGCUUCACAUGCCAAUCACCACAUAUACGCUCGAACAAGAUUGCAGCAGGCUUCAACUUGAUACAAACAGAAGCGAACGCUACUCUAGCUGCAUUCGAAACUACAUUUGGUCGUGAAAUGGGUACCGUGAAUGCACGUGUACUUUCAACCCCAAUAGUAUCAUAUCAUCCAAAUUCAAGAGAACCAAACAUUACACCACGAGAAGGACAAUGGAAUCUCAAGGAUAAAAAAGUAGCGCAGAGUACGCCGAUCUCGUCUUGGGCAGUCAUCAUCUUUACCUCUGAACGUGAAUGUCCGAGGGAAGAUGUGCAAAAGUUUAUAAGAGAGUUAGUGUCGACUUGUCGCGAUACGGGUAUAUCUGUUGCGACUCCUCAACCACCGUUGAGGUAUUCGAAUCCUGAUGGGAAUAUUGAACUGAUAAUGAAGAAUGGAUUUAUGGAUGCUGGAUCUGCUACCGCUGGACGACCACAGAUCAUAUUGUGUAUUUUGCCAAAUAUGGGAGUUCCAUUAUAUGCAGAGAUCAAGCGAGUCAGUGAUACCAUCAUUGGGGUAGCUACUCAGUGUUUGUUGGCCAAGCACAUCCUGAAUGUCAAGAAGCAAUAUUGUGCCAACGUGUGUCUGAAAAUGAAUGUUAAGAUGGGAGGAACGAAUGCAUAUUUAGGACCUCAACAAUUACCAUUCGUAUCUGAACGUCCUACUAUUGUAUUUGGAGCAGACGUGACGCAUUCAUCGCCUGGUGAAGGCAUGAAGCCUUCGAUUGCUGCUCUUGUCGGAUCAAUGGAUGCGCAAUGCUCAAAGUAUGCUGGAUCGAUUCGAGUGCAUCGUGGUCGACAGGAGAUCAUGUCUGAGCUAUCGAAUAUGGUUGCUGAACUGCUGAGAACCUUUUAUCAAUUCUGUGGGAGCAAACCACAACGUAUUGUGUUUUAUCGAGAUGGAGUUCCUGAAGGUGCAUUCGCCGAACUACUCAGAUCUGAAGUAGAAUCCAUCUUCCGUGCCUGUGAAUCACUAGAACCAGGCUAUCGACCCACUCUAUCAUUCAUCGUAGUUCAGAAACGUCAUCAUGCCAGAUUCUUCCCCAUCCGUCAAGAAGAUGCAGACGAGAAAUCAGGAAACGUGGCACCAGGAACCAUAGUAGAUCGAGACAUUACACAUCCAGUAGAAUUCGAUUUCUUCUUGGCGUCUCAUCCAGGAUUACAAGGCACAUCCAAACCAACUCAUUACCACGUGAUUUACGAUGAGAAUAAUUUCUCUGCUGAUGGGUUACAAGAGUUGACGUAUCGGUUAUGCUACUUGUAUUGUCGUGCUACGAGAGCAGUGUCUGUAUGUCCGCCGGCCUAUUAUGCACACUUGUUGGCUGCACGUGCUAGGUUUCAUUUUGAUGAAAAUGGUAGUAGUGAAGGCAAUGAUCGUGUUGUGUCGGCUGCUGAGUAUUCGUUUCGAACCGUCAAGCCUGACUUAGCACGCUUAAUGUAUUUUUUGUGA